AUGUUGGCAGCCAGCGUGGACUACGCAUUUUUCGGCACAGAGACCGGCUUAAAACAGACCGUGGCCACGGCGGGGGAUCACGGUUUAAAUGAGCGCUGGAUUCCAUCAGUCGUCGGCCGGUCCCGGGGAAGGCCUCGCAAGACCUUCGGGAGUCGGGUCCAGGACGAGACCGAGGCUCGCCUCGACUGUUACGACACCGAGCAAAGACAAGUUCUGGCCGCAGACAAGCGCAGGCGAGAGUUCCACGAGGAGAAGAGGAACGAGUUUGAGAGCUACGCAGAAGAGGUGGACGAUGAACAAAACGAGAGCGAGAGGAGCCGCGAGAGCAUGGAGCAGUGGCGAGAGUUCCACUACGACGGGAUGAACAAACCCCCCCCCCUUUAUGAGUACAACCUGCACACCAUCUGA